AAUCAAGAAUGUGCUAAUUUUUUUGUUAUUUUUAAGGUUCUAGUAAUGAGUGCUUCAGCAAACAAGCUGUCAAGAUUCAAGCAAGACGCUGCGAAUUACGCUUCGUUGAUCAUGGAAGAACUCGACCCCGAUAAUAAAGGAUACAUAGAGGUCUCGAUUAAUUUUCUUCAACCGAUCUCUCAAACUCUUCUCCUCUUUAAUUAUAUCCAAUCAUUUUUAUAUUUUUUCCGAAAUAGAUGUGGCAACUCGAAGCACUAUUACGAGGCAUGGUCGCCUCGAACGAAAAGGACAAAAAACCCCACGAAAAAACCGAAACACUCGCACGAACCAUGAUCCCUAAAGAAUACCGAACACCUAUGAGCAAAUUAGUGUCGAAAAACACCGAAAAUUUCUACGAAAAUUGGCGCAGAAUAUGGGUCCUCGUUUUUUGGACAAGCGUGACGAUUUCCCUAUUUUCGUGGAAAUUCUAUCAGUACAAACAAAAGGCUGCUUUUCGAGUCAUGGGAUAUUGUCUUUGCUUCGCCAAAGCCGCCUCCGAAACUAUAAAAUUCAACAUGGCCCUAGUUCUAUUACCCGUGUGCCGAAGAACUCUCACAAAGCUCCGAGAAACUUUCCUCGGGACGAUUAUACCCUUCGACGACAACAUUAAUUUCCACAAAAUCAUCGCCCUGGAAAUUUUCUUGGCCUCCAUUCUCCACAUACUGAUGCACCUUAGCUGCAACUUUGUUAGAUUAGCAUCAUGCCCGAAAGACGAGUUCAUCGCUAUUUUCGGACGGGCGUUUCAUUACCGCCAGCCGACUUACUCGGAUCUGUUGGGAAAUACCAUCGGUAAAACGGGCAUUAUGAUGAUAGUCCUGAUGACUUUUUCUUUCACACUAGCGACGCAUUCCUUCCGGAAAAACGUCGUUAAGCUGCAGGGGCCUUUUCGUCAUUUGGCGGGAUUUAACUCGUUUUGGUACGCUCAUCAUUUACUGGCCUUUGUCUACAUCAUGUUAAUCAUCCAUGGACAUUUCGUUGUCCUCACCCACGAAUGGUACAAGAAAACGGUACAACACGUCAACUUUUUUUUUUUCGAAUUUCAAACGAGUUUUUUUACAUAA